AGGCUUCACCUUCUGUCUCGGGAACUUAUUAAAGGAUUACAGCUGAAAAAGACAAGAGAAAGAAAACCUUGAACAGGAAGCUUAUCCUACAAUGAGAAUUACAAGUACAUCUUGUAUCUGCCCAGUCCUAGUUUGUCUCUGUUUUGUGCAGAGGUGUUAUGGAGCUGCUCACCAUGGCUCCAUCAAGGUGACUAGAAAUCAAACCAAACACGCAGAAGGUGAAACAGAAGUGCAUCAUCGUCCCAAGCGUGGAUGGGUGUGGAAUCAGUUCUUUGUUUUAGAAGAACACAUGGGACCAGAUCCUCAAUAUGUAGGAAAGCUGCACUCCAAUUCCGACAAAGGUGAUGGAUCAGUCAAAUACAUUCUUACUGGAGAAGGGGCGGGGACUAUAUUUAUUAUUGAUGACACGACUGGAGACAUCCAUUCAACCAAAAGCCUAGAUCGAGAGCAGAAGACACACUAUGUGCUUCAUGCCCAAGCUAUUGAUAGACGGACAAACAAGCCACUCGAGCCUGAAUCUGAAUUUAUUAUCAAAGUGCAGGAUAUCAACGACAAUGCACCAAAAUUUACAGAUGGACCAUACAUUGUUACUGUGCCAGAGAUGUCUGAAAUGGGUACAUCUGUUCUACAGGUGACAGCCACAGAUGCAGAUGACCCUACAUAUGGAAACAGCGCCAGGGUAGUGUACAGUAUUCUUCAGGGACAGCCAUAUUUCUCUGUUGAUCCUAAAACAGGAGUCAUCAGGACUGCCUUGCACAACAUGGACAGGGAAGCCAGAGAGCAUUAUUCCGUUGUCAUUCAAGCCAAAGAUAUGGCUGGGCAGGUCGGAGGGCUGUCAGGGUCAACAACUGUAAAUAUCACACUCACUGAUGUCAACGACAAUCCACCCAGGUUUCCUCAGAAACAUUAUCAACUCUAUGUUCCUGAAUCAGCUCAAGUUGGAUCAGCAGUUGGCAAAAUCAAAGCAAAUGAUGCAGACACUGGUUCAAAUGCAGACAUGAAGUAUACGAUUAUAAAUGGUGAUGGCUCUGGGGUGUUCUCCAUAUCUACUGACAAAGAAACAAGGGAAGGAAUUCUUUCCCUGAAGAAGCCGCUCAACUACGAAAAAAAGAAAUCAUAUACACUUAAUAUAGAAGGAGCAAAUACUCACGUUGAUUUCCGUUUUUCGCACUUGGGACCAUUCAAAGAUGUAACAAUGUUGAAGAUCAUUGUUGGCGAUGUGGAUGAACCUCCGCUUUUCACUAUGCCUUCCUAUGUCAUGGAAGUUUAUGAAAAUGCAAAGAUCGGGACUGCUGUUGGCACAGUAACGGCACAAGAUCCUGACACUGCCAACAGUUUAGUGAGAUAUUUCAUUGAUCAUAACACAGAAGAAGAUAGGUAUUUCACCAUUGAUGCUAGUACUGGGACCAUUAAGACUGCCAAGAUCUUUGACAGAGAGGAGACACCUUGGUACAACAUUACGGUGGCUGCUUCUGAGAUAGACAAUCCUGGGCUAGUGAGCCACGUUCCAGUUGGUAUUAGAAUCCUGGACAUCAAUGACAACCCUCCGGAGCUCGCCAGGGAGUAUGACGUAGUCGUCUGUGAGAAUGUAAAGCCUGGUCAGGUAAUUCAGACUAUCACUGCAACUGACAAAGAUAACUCUGCAAAUGGGGCAAGAUUCCAUUUUUCCCUUGAUGAAGGGCUUUCUUUGAAUCCCAACUUUACUCUAAGGGACAAUGAAGAUAAUACAGCCAGUAUCCUCACAAGACGAAGGAGGUACAGUCGAACCACUCAAGAUAUCUAUUACCUCCCCAUUUUGAUUUCUGAUGGUGGAGUGCCCCCUCUCAGCAGCAGCAGUACUCUCACAAUUCGGGUUUGUGCGUGUGAGAGAGAUGGACGAGUGAGAACCUGCCAUGCUGAAGCUUUCCUCUCCUCCGCUGGCUUGAGCACCGGAGCUUUAAUCGCAAUCCUGCUCUGUGUUGUCAUUCUUCUUGCAAUUGUGGUCCUUUUCAUCACCCUAAGACGUAGCAAGAAGGAGCCCUUGAUCAUUUCAGAAGAAGACGUCCGGGAAAAUGUUGUGACAUAUGAUGAUGAAGGCGGUGGAGAAGAAGACACAGAAGCAUUUGACAUCACAGCACUGCGGAAUCCAUCAGCUGCUGAGGAGCUAAAAUACCGGAGGGAUGUUCGUCCUGAAGUGAAGCCUUUGCCCAGACAUCAUCCCUCCUCAAGCCUUGACAGUAUAGACGUUCAGGAGUUCAUUAAACAAAGACUGGCAGAGGCUGAUCUGGACCCCAGCGUGCCCCCGUAUGACUCCCUACAGACAUAUGCCUAUGAGGGUCAUAGAUCAGAAGCUGGAUCUAUCAGCUCUCUGGAUUCAGCCACAACACACUCUGACCAGGAUUAUAAUUACCUUGGAGACUGGGGACCUGAGUUCAAGAAGCUAGCUGAACUCUAUGGGGAAGUAGAAUCAGAAAGAACAACUUAG